AUGAAUAUCUAUUUAAAUUCUUAUUUAAAAAAAAAUGAUUUCCAUCAAACAUAUCAUGGUGUAGACAACAAGUUCGAACAACAAGCUGGUGAAAACAAAUAUACGUCGACAUGGUUAUUCAAAAAUGCUGAAAACACAGUUACUAUGAAAAAACGAGAAAAUAAAGCUUUUGUUGAAGUACAAAAUGAUAUGAUAAAGAGACGACAAAUUACCAUCAAUUUGAACGAACAUUUUGAAGUAAUAGAUGAACAAAUAAAACUUGUUGAAGAAAAAGAUUUAAUUAAACAAUUAAAUAAUUUAUUUAAUUACGUCAAAAACACAAUUAAUGAUAUAAAUCCACAAGGUGAAUUUAAUAAUAAUGUUGAAGAAAAAACAAUAAAUGAAGAAUAUAAAAUAUGGAAAAAUAAUGCACCACUUCUUUAUAAUUGUGUUAUAACUCAUGCACUUGAAUGGCCUAGUUUAACAACUCAAUGGUUACCUCAUGUUCGAAUAGAAGAAGGUCGAGAUUUUAAUAAUCAUCGUUUAAUUCUUGGUACACAUACAUUGAAUGAACAAAAUCAUCUUAUUAUAGCUAGUGUACAAUUACCAAAAGAAGAUCUUGAAUUAGAUGCUUCUCAUUAUGAUAAUGAACGAGCUGAAUUAGGUGGUUUUGGUUUAAUAAAUAGUCGUAUUGAAAUUGAUUUAAAAAUUAAUCAUGAAGGUGAAGUUAAUCGUGCUCGUUAUAUGCCACAAAAUCCUCAAAUAAUUGCAACAAAAACACCAUUAUCUGAUGUAUUAAUAUUCAAUAUUGAUACACAUCCAUUAGGUAAAGAACAACCAGGUGAUUGUAAUCCCGAAUUACGUUUAAAAGGUCAUACAAAAGAAGGUUAUGGUUUAUCAUGGAAUUCAAAUAUUAAUGGACAAUUACUUAGUGCUGCUGAUGAUCAUACUGUUUGUUUAUGGAAUAUAAAUAUUAAUCCAAGAGAAGGAAAAAAUUUAGAAACUUUAUCGAUUUAUACUGGACAUUCAAUGGUUGUUGAAGAUGUUGCAUGGCAUUGUACACAUCCAACUAUAUUUGGUUCUGUAGGUGAUGAUCAAAAAUUAAUGAUUUGGGAUACAAGAUCAAAUAAUUAUGUAAAAGCCAGUCAUAUAAUUGAUGCACAUUCAGAUAAAGUUAAUUGUCUUUCUUUUAAUCCAUUCUCAGAAUAUUUUCUUAUAACCGGUUCAGCUGAUCGAACAGUUGCUUUAUGGGAUUUAAGAAAUUUAAAAGUUAAAUUAACUACAUUUGAAUCUCAUAAAUAUGAAAUUUUUCAAGUACAAUGGUCACCUCAAAAUGAAACUAUUUUUGCAUCAAGUGAUUCUGAUCGACGACUUCAUAUAUGGGAUUUAAGUCGAAUUAAUCAACCACAGACAUCAUCUGAAGUAGAAGAUGGUCCACCUGAACUAUUAUUUAUCCACGGUGGUCAUGCCGCUAAAAUUUCUGAUUUUUCAUGGAAUUCAAAUGAACCAUUUGUCAUCUGUUCUGUAUCGGAAGAUAAUAUGGCUCAAGUUUGGCAAAUUGGUGAACAAGUAUAUCAUCAUGAUGACUGUCAAGGAAAAUAA